UUUGUUGAGUGAUGCUGUUCGUCUGCAUUUAACUUCCUGCUAAGAGACACACAAGAUCUUACCUUCUUACCUCAGCUGCCUUCAAUGAUCCCAUACACUACACAGACCAGCUCGUGUGGAUGUUUUGAAGAGCCAGCUGUUCAGAAUCAAAGAGUUUCAUCUAAAUCUCAAAUAUUUGCACCGAUAAGUUCAGCAUCAGCAUCCAUGAACCGCCCUAAGGAUUCAAAUUCUUGCUCACCUGCAGCCCAAAGAGAUCCCCAGUGCCCUGUUUGCCUCCAGGCUCCAUCUUUCCCUGUGAACACAAAUUGUGGCCAUUUAUUUUGCGCUCCCUGUCUGAUCACCUACUGGAGACAUGGCUCAUGGUUGGAUGCAAUCAGCUGUCCUCUGUGUAGACAAAAGGUCAAUGCGCUGUGUCAUUUAUUCAAAGAAAGUCGAUCAGAUCAACAGUCAAAAGAAGUUCUAGGAGAAAUCACAAACUACAACAGACGAUACUCUGGAGCUCCAAGAACGAUAUCAGACUACCUGUGCGAUGCUCCUCUUCUACUGCAGCUAUUGGCUCGGGGUUUGGGCACCAUGGGGGGCAUGCUUGGCUUGUUCUUCUUCCGGGUCGCACUGUGCUGUAUUGGGACAGUUGUGUCCAUCUCGUCUUCUCCGGAGUCUAUCCCAUCCUCCUCUGCAGGAUCCUUCCAGUCUGAACCCUCCUUGUGUGGGCUGCUGGGUGUGCUGGACGACCUGGUGGUGGUCAUUCUGCUACUGAUCUGUGUCAUUAAUGUGAACCAGCAGAUGGUGCCACAAAGAGGACAGAGAGCAAAUGUAGCAACAACUCGCGCAGUCAUUGGGAACUCACUAUAGUUUGUGAUCUGUUAUAAGUUUUGAGUUCCAUAAAUAUUUAGGUGGCAGGAGUUGAGUUUGCUACAAUGUUUACAAGAACCUAUAGAAUUAUAACAUUAUCUAUUAUCCUGUUAUGUUCAUCUCCAAGUUGUUUGUUGUAGUCUCAAGUAAUGUUUAUUCAGUUACAGGGUUACAA